AUGGCUUCUUCCACCACCACCCCUCUCAUUAAUCACAAUGAUUCUCAACAAUGGCCCGAACCUAUCUCAUAUCGAACGGGUCGAUCAUCCACAUGCAAAUUAGUCCUCUCGGGCAUAAUCUUGGCCGGCAUUCUUGUGUUUGCAUCUUUGGUUCUUGUGAUUGAUCACAACCAUAUACAAAAACUACAAGAUGGCCGUCAGUCUAAUGUCACUAAAAGUUUAUUUGAAACGUCGAAUAUUGAUCAUCGAGAGAGCCUUGAUGAGAAUGUGGUCAGAGAAGAUGAUAGCGUAGAAUGGCAACGAUCUGCUUAUCACUUUCAGCCCGAAAAGAAUUUCAUUAGUGAUCCUGAUGGUCCAUUGUAUCAUAUGGGUUGGUACCAUUUGUUUUAUCAGUAUAACCCAUAUUCGGCUAUAUGGGGCAAUAUCAGUUGGGGUCAUGCAGUCUCCAAAGAUCUCAUCAACUGGUUCGAACUUCCUUUAGCCAUGGUUCCGGAUCACUGGUACGAUAUGCAGGGGGUUAUGACCGGUUCUGCCACCAUCCUGCCCGACGGUCAAAUCAUCAUGCUCUAUACGGGCAAUGCAUAUGAUCUUUCUCAACUUCAAUGCCUAGCAAAACCCGUAAACUCUUCUGAUCCACUUCUUAUUGAUUGGGUCAAAUAUGAUGGUAACCCGAUCCUCUUUCCCCCUCCUGGCGUCGGGUUGAAGGAUUUUAGGGACCCGUCUACUCUUUGGGUCGGGCCGGAUGGCAAGUAUAGAAUGGUUAUGGGUUCAAAACAUAAUAAUACUAUCGGUUGUGCUUUAGUGUACCAUACAACUAAUUUUACUUAUUUUGAGUUGUUGGAUGAGGUGCUUCAUUCGGUUCCGGGUACGGGUAUGUGGGAGUGUGUGGAUCUUUACCCAGUAUCAACGGAAAAUAAUAAUGGGUUGGAUAUGUCGGAUGAUGGGUCGGGUAAUAAGUAUGUGUUGAAGCAAAGUGGAGAUGAGGAUAGACAUGAUUGGUAUGCAAUUGGGUCGUAUGACCCGGUUAAGGAUAAAUGGUUCCCGGAUGACCCGGAAAUGGAUUUGGGUAUCGGGUUGAGAUAUGACUAUGGAAAGUUCUAUGCAUCAAAGACGUUUUAUGACCCGAGUAAGAAGAGACGGGUCCUUUGGGGUUAUGUUGGAGAAACGGAUCCUCAAAAUGAUGACCUCAAAAAAGGAUGGGCAAAUAUUUUGAAUGUUCCAAGAACUGUAGUGUUGGACACAAAGACACAAAGUAAUUUGAUUCAAUGGCCGGUUGAGGAAACAGAGUCGUUAAGGUCUGAAGAGCACAAUGAGUUCACAGAUGUUGAUUUGCGACCUGGAUCAAUCGUGCCACUUGACAUAUGCGAAGCAACACAGUUGGACAUAAGUGCCUCAUUCAGGAUAGAUGAAACUUUGUUAAGUGCAACCUUAGAAGCCGAUGUUUUGUUCAACUGCACCACCAGCCAGGGUUCAGCCACGAGGGGUGUUUUCGGACCGUUUGGACUUGUGGUUCUAGCCGAUGCGGCUCUUUCUGAACAAACUCCUGUGUAUUUUUACAUAGCAAAAAACACAGAUGGUACCUCAAGAACUUAUUUCUGUGCUGAUGAAUCAAGAUCAUCAAGACUUCAAGAUGUUGGGAAAAUGGUGUAUGGAAGCACUGUUCCUGUACUCCAUGGUGAAAACUACAACAUGAGAUUAUUGGUGGAUCAUUCAAUAGUUGAAAGCUUUGCACAAGGAGGAAGAACAGUGAUAACCUCUAGAGUAUAUCCUACAAAAGCAAUCUAUGACUCCGCCAAAGUAUUCUUGUUCAACAAUGCUACUGGAAUCAAUGUUAAGGCAUCACUUAAAAUAUGGAAAAUGGGAGGUGCAAAACUUAAGCCAUUCCCUUUAUAA